AUGUUCGGACGAGACCAAACGAGACGAGUUAAGGCAAAUAAUUUCACCACUAUCGUAAUCACUGGUAAUAAAGGCGGAACCGGAAAAACUACUAUUGCGGCUUUGCUAACUGAGUAUCUCUGGCACCGCAGGAAAAAAGUCAAUUUAAUCGACACGGAUCCUAACCGAGCUCUACAAACCUGGAUCGAUAAUUGUCAGGAAGAAAAUCGCAUUGUCUCGUCUCGCUUACCAGUUGCUUACCAAAUCAUCGAUACCGCCGGAGUGAGCAGUGGUUCAUUGACUUACCUAAAAAAAGCCGAUUUAAUUUUAGUGCCUUUCGUAGCCCAUUAUGUGGAUUUACAAACUAAAGAGCAAAAAGAAGGACUGGAACAGUUAGCCGAAACCCUACAGGAAAAUCAAGCGGGAACCAUUCUGCCUUCGCUUUCUAAUCGUCCAGCUUUAUAUGGUUCUGUGCUCAAUGCAACUGCCCCUAACGCAGCCAAGAAAACCGGAGCGAACGCGACCAAUUGCUCGCCCUUCGCAACCAACCAAAACGAUUAUACUUAUUCUUCUUUAUCCGAUUUAAUUCGCACUAGUUUGCAAGCUUACCAAAACGGAGAAAUUAAGAUUAAUCCUACUGAACGCGAUAAAUUUGCUCCCAAAAAAGAA